AUGGAUUACGGCCUUCACGACCAGCAUGCGUCAUACAUCCUUAGUCAGAGUAGCCGGGGUGAGGAGGACACUAACUUAGAAGCCAGCUGGGUUAUGCUAUCUCGGAUCGGAGAGAUAGAGCCGCUGCCGCACGAGACUAUUCUACAUAGGACAAGAGGACGGAUAGCUCUGAGCAUAACCGCACCGAAUCAGCCAACCGACGUCCCUCCCCUUAAUAUUAAGAGUGAGAGUGGAACGGCGUACAUAACGAAUCAAAGAUUGAUCUACCUACCUUCCAAGCCUACAGAUCAGUUCAAGUCCUUUUCAUCCAAAAUACUAGGGUGCCAGGAUAGUCGUAUGUGUUCGUCAUGGAUCGGGCCUUGGUACUGGGAGGCCAAUGUGCGCCCGGUCCCUGAUGGCAAUAUCUCUCCGGAGUUUCCGAGAGUCAAUGUAAGAUUGACGUUCAAGGAUGGUGGUUCUAGCGAAUUUGAGUCCAAGUUCGUGGAACUUAAAGCGCGCCUACACCACGCGGCGCAAAUCGCAGAAGAGUCGGGCCAGAGCAACUGGGCCCAAACCGUCCACGACGAGCAAUUACCAGAAUAUAGCGCCCCUCAGGGUGGUAGUAACCCUAGCCAAGCAACCGAGGUAGUUCGACGAGCGGAUGAAGCAGCUCGGGAACAGCAGGCCCACCAGCAAACUCCAGACGAACCCCCACCAAACUACGACGAGGCUCAGGCACAGGCGGUCAACAUGCGUUUCGACGAGCGUAUGCGGGAGGAAGCAGAAAGACAAUGA